AUGGUUCAACGCCUGGGUUUCGCAGCAGACACCGCAGGCGAGGAGGCCAUCAGGCUGUAUAAGGAGCAUGGCACCUCCAUGGCUGGUCUCCGGUUUGCACCAUCGCCUUCCUCAUUCGCGUUCCUCAUCUCCCCCCCGUCCUCAUCUCCCCCCCCGUCCUCAUCUCCCCCCCCGGUCCUCAUCUCCCCCCCCGUCCUCAUCUCCCCCCCCCGUCCUCAUCUCCCCCCCCGUCCUCAUCUCCCCCCCCCCGUCCUCAUCUCCCCCCCCGUCCUCAUCUCCCCCCCCGUCCUCAUCUCCCCCCCCGUCCUCAUCUCCCCCCCCGUCCUCAUCUCCCCCCCCGUCUUCAUCUCCCCCCCGUCCUCAUCUCCCCCCCGUCCUCAUCUCCCCCCCCGUCCCUCAUCUCCCCCCCCGUCCUCAUCUCCCCCCCGUCCUCAUCUCCCCCCCCGUCCUCAUCCCCUCCCACGUCCUCAUCUCCCCGCCUUCCUCAUCUCCCCGUCUUCCUCGUCACCCCGCCUUCCUCGUCCACCCCCGUCUUCCUCGUCACCCCGCCUUCCUCGUCACCCGUCUUCCUCGUCACCGUACUCCUCGUCACCCCGUCUUCCUCGUCACCCCGUCUUCCUCGUCACCCCGUCUUCCUCGUCACCCCGUCUUCCUCGUCACCCCGUCUUCCUCGUCACCCCGUCUUCCUCGUCACCCCGUCUUCCUCGUCACCCCGUCUUCCUCGUCACCCCGUCUUCCUCGUCACCCCGUCUUCCUCGUCACCCCGUCUUCCUCGUCACCCCGUCUUCCUCGUCACCCCGUCUUCCUCGUCACCCCGUCUUCCUCGUCACCCCGUCUUCCUCGUCACCCCGCCUUCCUCAUCCCUGCAGGUUCGUCCACGGCCGACUGCCAUACCACCUGCUGAAGCCAGACCCCGCCUUGAGGCACCUCCUUGAUUCGCUUCCUCAACGCAAAUUCGUGUUCACCAACGCUGAUCGCAUGCACGCUAGCCACUGCCUGCGUCUGCUGGGCCUGGAGGGCUGCUUUGAUGCUGUGAUUUCAUUUGAAGAAGUCAUGGCACAGCAACCCUCCCAGAACUUCAACCUCCGAAACAACUUCCGCCCCUCGUGCACCUCUGACACCACUCACGGUCCUGACUUCCCUAAUGGCUCGGAUGGAUCUGACGGUUCUGACUAUCUUCUGGACUCCGACCAUGGUCUGCUGCCGUCCUCCCUGCCUCCCAUUCCCUCUGCCUCCUCCACUGCCUCCCUGCCCUCGGCUAACUUGCUGAGGCGUUUCACCGCGCAGUGGUUGGCAUCGCACGCGCUGACCCGCACUCAUCGGUAUGUCCCCGCUGCUCCCAUCCUCUCUGAAUUCCCGCUCUCUGCACGGCGUGCUGCUUGUGUGAAAUCCCUCUUGCGCCUUCACUAUGCGGCUGAUGCUGACUCGGAACUCAUUCGUGAGUACGCUGGUUCUUGUGCCUUGCUCGCUUCGCCACUGACAUCUGACCAUUAG